AUGAUGAUCUCAUCUUAUAUUAUUACAAUUAUAUCAUUAAUGAUCGUGACCAUUCCUGUCACUAGGCAAUCAUCAUCAGUAGCUGGUCUUGGUCGAAUCGACUGUUAUCCUGAUGCCGAAGCAAAAUAUUCUAAUUUCUCAAAAGAAGCCUGUUUAGCACGCCACUGUCUGUUUGAUGACACUGUUAAUUUAACUGGUAUUCCAUGUUACUUUCAACCUAAUUAUGGUUACUUAUUGCAAGGAAAUGAAGAACAAAUAGAAAAUGGAAAACGACUACGUCUAAAGCGCAAUCAGGCAGUGACAAGCCCGUUUCCAGAACCGAUCGAGAAUGUCAUACUUGAUGUUCAGUAUUAUACCGACGAUAUCAUUAGAUUCAAAUUAUACGAUGCUGAUCAUCAACGAUACGAAGUACCAAUUCCAUUAAAAGCCUCUACCGGUCAAACAACAUCAGCUCAGUAUGAGUUCAUUUAUUCAUCUGAUAGUUCUAAUGACAAUAUUCUAUCAUUUGCGAUCAAACGUCGUGUAAAUCAAACAACUCUGUUCGAUACAUCCAUCGGUGGUCUUGUACUUAACAAUCAAUUUCUUCAAAUCGUCUCUCGACUUCAAUCACCACAUGUGUAUGGAUUCGGAGAGAAUAAUCAUUUGACACUGAAACAUAAUGUUUCUACGCGUCAAAUAUGGGGCAUUUUCGGUCGAGAUCAAGCUACUACUUGGAAUACAAAUGCAAAUCAUUAUGGAACACAUCCCUUCUACCUUGUGAUGGAACAAAUACCCAAUUCAAAUGAAACACCAUCAGGUCAGAUGCACGGUGUUCUUUUGCUCAAUUCCAAUGCGAUGGAUUAUUCAUUUGGACCUGAUCCAUCAGUUACUAUCCGUACUAUUGGUGGUAUUCUCGAUUUUUCGUUUUUCUGGGUCCUGCACCGGAGCAAGUCAUUCACCAAUAUACUUGGCUGA